AUGAGUAGUCGCGGCGGGAAACUUGCCCCCGAAGUCAAUCGCGCUCUGUUCGUAAAGAACCUGAGCUACAACGUUACUCCUGAAGAGCUCUUCGACCUCUUUGGAAAAUUCGGACCUAUCCGCCAGGUUCGUCAAGGCAUUGCCAACAACACCAAGGGUACCGCUUUUGUAGUCUAUGAAGAUGUCAUGGAUGCGAAGCAAGCCUGUGACAAAUUGAACGGUUUCAACUUCCAGAACCGUUAUCUCGUUGUAUUAUAUCAUCAGCCCGACAAGAUGGUAAAAUCUAAAGAGGACCUCGACGCCCGUCGGGAAUCUUUAGCGCAGCUCAAAAAGCAGCACGGCAUCGAUUGA